UCUCAUUUCUCUCACCAAUCUUAAAAGAGUUCUCUUUUCUCUUCUCUUCUUCAGUUUUCAGAUUUAAACUGUUUUCCGGUAAAUUAAGCCAGGCUUUUGGUUAUCCGGCGAUAAAAUUGCGUUUAUUAACGGCGAAAACUUUGGGAUCGAGGUGAAUCAGAUAAAAUCUGAAAUCCAACUAAUCUUAAAUUUCCAAGUCUUCUGCUUCUUCUUCUGCAACCAUGGCUAUGGAGGAACAUUGUGAGAGUUUAUGUGACAGAGCUUCUGAUGAGGUUAUCUCUUCCACAGAUGCCUUUUACCUCAAGACAAGAAAGCCUUAUACCAUCACUAAGCAAAGAGAGAAAUGGACAGAAGCAGAGCAUGAGAAGUUUGUAGAAGCUUUGAAACUCUAUGGCAGAGCUUGGAGACGAAUCGAAGAACAUGUUGGAACAAAGACUGCUGUUCAGAUUCGGAGCCAUGCUCAGAAGUUCUUUACUAAGGUUGCUCGUGAUUUUGGUGUUAGCUCUGAGAAAUCCAUUGAGAUUCCGCCUCCAAGACCGAAAAGAAAGCCGAUGCAUCCUUACCCUAGGAAGCUAGUGAUUCCGGAUGCAAAGGAGAUCGCAUACGCUGAGCUAACCGGAACUAAGUUGUAUCAAGAUGAAGAUAACCGAUCUCCAACAUCGGUUUUAUCAGCUCAUGGCUCAGAUGGAUUAGGUUCAAUGGGUUCAAAUUCACCUAAUUCUUCUUCAGCUGAUUACCAACAGGGGCAUGAGUUAUCAUCUCACACAGAGGAAUCAUUGUUUCCAGAAGCAGAGACCAAACAAAGCUUUAAGUUGUUUGGAAAGACUUUUGUAGUUGGUGAUUACAAUUCUUCAACAAGCUCUAAUGAUUCAGAGGAUAUCAAGAAGAAGCAAGACUUUGAAACACAGUCUGUUCAAUGUUCUUCUUCUUCUUCCUCAGAAAACGCUGAGACAGAAUUGACACGAAGAGUAGUACCGGAGUUUAAAAGAAGCGAGAGAUCAGCGUUUUCUCAGUUGAAAUCGUCGGUGAUUGAGAUGAAGAAUAUGAAGGGGUUUAUGCCUUACAAAAAGAGGAUAAAGAUGGAAGAAAACAUUGCCGAUGUAGUAAAAAUGUCAUAUCCUUUGUGGUGAAGUGUUUUUUUUGGUGUAAAAACUCUUUUGGUCUCAACUUCAGUUUCUGUGUAUAGAUUUGUAAGAGAAUGAGAGAAGGUUUUUUUUUUUUUGGAUUACAUUCGUAAGAUAAGUCCAAAGUUCCUUAUAAACCAGUAAGAAAUUGAUGUAUCUAAUAAUUAAAUUUUAAACCUUCCUGAUUCUAGUUUGUUAUUCUGCAAGCUCCUUCUACGUACAAAAGAGCUGGCAAGCAAGUUGAGCUGUGGUUAAGAGUUAUAAUGAUUGAUUA